AUGAUCGGUCUCAUUUUAAUAUCCAUAAUUUUCAUAUUUUUAAUUUCCGUCAGUGUCUAUCAGAAGGUUAACAACGCGAUAUACAAAUCUAGAAAGAGACUAGAUGGAAAAACAGCUAUUGUUACCGGAGGUACAGCAGGAAUUGGAUUUUUCAUUGCCCGCGUUUUCGCGGAACGCGGAGCAAGAGUUAUAAUCGCCUGUCCCUUCGAUGAUGAAGGCAAAGAUGCGAAGAGGAAGAUCAAAGAAACUACUGGCGUGGAUGUAGUAUUCAAACAUCUAGAUCUAGCAUCACUAGCGUCAGUUAGAGAAUUUGCGAAAGACAUACUAAGCACAGAGAACCGUUUGGAUAUCCUGGUGAACAACGCUGGUGUCGGCAUCCCAGCUGACUACCUAACGAAGGACGGUUUGAACUUCAUCAUGCAAGUAAAUUACUACGGCCACUUCCUCCUGACAAUGCUACUUCUCCCGUUGUUGAAAAAGAGUGGCGCGCAAUCUGAUCCUUCGCGUAUAAUCAACAUGUCUUCUCUCACCCAUCGCAUCGCGAGUACAGACGUCGACAAUUACAAUCGAACCAAUUACUGGUUCAAGCUGAGGAUCUACAGUAACAGCAAGCUCGGCUUGGUGCUGUUCUCUCGCGAGCUGUCCCGCAGACUGUCCGAUGCGAAUGUGGUUGUCAACUGCUCCGACCCAGGCUUCGCAGCGACUAGGAUUUAUAAGAGUGCCAACGAGUUCCUUGGUUUGCUGGCGAUAAUGCUGAUACUCCUUCUAGCCAAAACAACGUUUCAGGGUGCACAGACAGCUAUCUACCUUGGGGUAGAUGAUGAUGGUAAAACUAGCGGGGAAUACUUCGCAAAUUGCAGACAAGUGGGGGCCGAUUCUAAGGGGUAUAAUCAAAUUGCUAUUGAUAAGUUGUGGGAACAAUCUAUUCGUCUGGUGAAGUUGACUGAUGAUGAAUUAAAGGAGGCUAAAUUGUGA